CCUCCUCUCCCUUCCUCCCCCCUGCAGGAAGAGAUCCAGCAGCUAAAGGGCCGUUUGGAGAAGGCGGAGAAAGAGCGGAACGAACUGCGGCUGAGCAGCGACCGCCUGGAGAGCAAGGUCGCAGAGCUGACAUCGGAGCUAACGGACGAGAGGAACACGGGAGAAUCGGCUUCCCAGCUUCUGGACGCAGAGACGGCCGAGCGCCUCCGGGCGGAGAAAGAGAUGAAGGACCUGCAGGCCAAGUACGAUGCCCUCAAGAAACAGAUGGACUCCAUGGAGAUGGAAGUGAUGGAGGCUCGGCUGAUCCGGGCAGCCGAGCUCAAUGGGGAGAUGGAUGAUGACGACACAGGGGGGGAAUGGCGGCUGAAGUACGAGCGGGCAACACGGGAGAUCGACUUCACCAAAAAGCGGCUGCACCAGGAGUUUGAGGACAAGCUGGAGGUGGAACAGCAGACCAAGCGGCAGCUGGAGAGACGG